AUGGCCCUAAAUAUAUCGGCUUCUAUCGUCUUCUUUGUGUCUGUGUAUCAUAUCGGCAUACCAACAGCUUCAUCUCCUCCGAUCGCCACCAUUGCCAUUCCAAACCCUCGUCUCCGACCUUACAUCCAUAAUAACCUAAUCAUUCACGAGAAUGAUGCAGUUACCCCAGCCGCCACCAACGAUACUCGAACAGUUCAGGAAGAAAUCGCAAACUCGAUUAUUGUGGAUACGAUUCAGUUCAAACCACAAAUUCCUCAAAGUCGGAAAUCACAAAUUUCUCAAAGUCGGAACUCAACUGAAAUUGAAGGGUUACAUUGUGAGGCCUGCGUCGUCGACGGAAAUGUUCGUCCUCGUUGUACUCGCGUUCAGCCUCUUAGUACUUUUUCUAAGGCAAAAUGA